AUGAGCUGCCCCAGGAGGCCCAGUGCCAAGAACCUGCAGAGGCUCCGGGCUGAGACACAGAAGUCCCGAGACCCCCCAGUGCCAGCCGAAUCCUGCCAAGAGCACGUGCCCGGUCGCGGUCUUGGAGGCGGACCCUGCCCCAGUCGAGCCUCAGCUGAGCCUGCAGCCCUGGCCUCCUGGGGGACCGUGGGGCUGAGGCUCCCAGCCGAGCCGAGCCGGGAGACUGGCACAGAAAGUCUCCAGGCGGGUGGCGGACACAAGACCCCAAACCCCGUCUUCUCUGGGUGCCCCGGGGAAGUGCCCAGCCCAGGCAGCCCCCUGGGUACCCUGGAGACCCCGCUGGUCAUCAGGGGGUUCCGUGCCUCUGAUUCCGUGUGCACCCUGCCUCCAGACCGCUGCCCUGUAACCCCAAAUCCUGGUCCAGCUGGGUGCACGGCCGGGGCAGGGGGCCUGGAGGAGACGGUGGACACCAAGUACGGGCAAGGAGAGGAUCGAUACGUGGCCUUCCUGGAGCUGUUCCUGCAGACGGCGGAGAAGCACUUCAUGGUGGGACACAGGGUCACCUGCUACGUGUUCACCGACCGGCCGGGGGAUGUGCCCCGCGUGCCCCUCGGGGAAGGGAGGCAGGUGGCGGUCCUGGAGGUCCGGAGCUACUCGCGCCGGCAGGACGUGUCCGUGCACCGCGUGGAGAUGAUCCGCAACUUCUCCCGGCGGUGCUUCCUCCACGAGGUGGACUCUCCGGUGUGCGCGGACGUGGACGUGAGGUUCCGCGACCACGUGGGCGUGGAGAUCCUGUCCCCGCUCUUCGGCACCCUGCACCCCGGCUUCUACGGGGCGGCCCGCGAGGCCUUCACCUACGAGCGCCGGCCGCAGUCCCAGGCGCACGUCCCCAGGGAUGAGGGAGACUUUUACUACGCGGGAGGCUUUUUCGGGGGGUCGGUGGCCGAGGUUCUGCGGCUCACGUCAGCCUGUCACCAGGCCACGGUGGUCGACCGGGCCCACGGCAUCGAGGCCGUGUGGCACGACGAGAGCCACCUGAACAGGUACCUGCUGGACCACAAGCCCACCAAGGUGCUGUCCCCCGAGUACCUGUGGGACGAACAACUGCUGGGCUGGCCCGCCGUCGUGAAGAAGCUGAGGUAUGUGACCGUGCCCAAGAGUCACCGGGGCAUCCGGGACUGAUGACGGGCUGGCCUAGUGUCCGUCAGGGGUGCCACCCUGACCCCAGCCGUCAGAGCGGAUGGCCUGU